AUGCGUCCUGCCUCGAGUCAAGAGUGCCUGCCUCCUGACCACUGCCGGUCCAGGUGGGGCCGCCGGAGACCCUACAUCCUCACCCUGGGAGUCAUGAUGCUGGUGGGCAUGGCUCUGUACCUCAAUGGGGAUGCCGUGGUAGCAGCUUUGAUUGCUAACCCAAGGAGGAAGCUGGUUUGGGCCAUAAGUGUCACCAUGAUAGGUGUGGUUCUCUUUGAUUUUGCUGCUGACUUCAUUGAUGGGCCCAUCAAAGCCUACUUAUUUGAUGUCUGCUCCCAUCAGGACAAGGAGAAGGGCCUCCACUACCAUGCCCUCUUCACAGGUUUUGGAGGUGCCAUGGGUUACCUUUUGGGUGCUAUAGACUGGGCCCAUCUGGAACUGGGAAGACUGCUGGGUACAGAAUUCCAGGUCAUGUUCUUCUUCUCUGCGUUGAUGCUCACUUUGUGUUUUAUUGUUCAUCUGUGCAGUAUCUCUGAAGUCCCACUUACAGAUGUUGCAAAGGGCAUUCCCCCACAGCCAACCCCCCAGGACCCUCCAUUGUCAUCAGAUGGAAUGUACGAAUAUGGUUCUAUCGAGAAAGUUAAAAAUGGUUAUGUAAAUCCAGAGCUGGCAAUGCAGGGAGCAAAAAACAAAAAUCACGCUGAACAGACUCGCAGGCCAAUGACAUUAAAGUCACUGCUGAGAGCACUGAUGAGCAUGCCUCCCCACUACCGCUACCUUUCCAUCAGCCACCUCAUUGGAUGGACUGCCUUCCUGUCCAACAUGCUCUUCUUCACAGAUUUCAUGGGCCAGAUUGUGUACCAUGGGGAUCCCUAUAGCGCACACAACUCCACGGAGUUUCUUAUCUACCAAAGAGGAGUCGAGGUUGGAUGUUGGGGACUGUGCAUCAACUCUAUAUUUUCCUCACUUUAUUCUUACUUUCAGAAAUUUUUGUUGUCCUACAUUGGAUUAAAGGGGCUUUACUUCACGGGAUAUUUGCUGUUUGGCCUGGGGACAGGAUUUAUUGGGCUCUUCCCAAAUGUCUACUCCACCCUGGUCCUGUGCAGCCUAUUUGGUGUAAUGUCCAGCACCCUGUACACCGUGCCCUUUAACCUCAUUACUGAGUACCAUCGAGAGGAAGAAAAGGAGAGGCAGCAAGUCCCAGGAGGAAACCCAGACAACAGCGUGAGAGGGAAGGGCGUGGACUGCGCCACCCUCACCUGCAUGGUGCAGCUGGCUCAGAUCCUGGUCGGAGGUGGCCUGGGCUUUCUGGUCAACGCAGCUGGGAGUGUCAUCAUCGUGGUGAUCACAGCGUCUGCGGUGGCACUGAUAGGCUGUUGCUUUGUGGCUCUCUUUGUUAGAUACGUGGAUUAGGUCAAUAAAGAGACAAUGACCCUAACCUCAGA